AUGUUUGCUUGGCCAGUUCUUUUAAUUUUUGCUUUGGGUUGCAAUUUGGGUAUAAAUGGUAGUGUAGUAAAAAAGGAUAUUCAGAAUGCAGGUCCUGAAAAAAAUGGAAAAAUCGUUUACAUCCUUGUAAUCGACGCAGGAUCGACAGGAUCCAGAGUUGUGGCCUAUAAAUUUUCAAAAACAGGUAGAGAUCUCCAAUUGCUGGAUGAAAAAUUUGUGAAAGUCAGACCAGGAUUAUCAUCAUAUGCACAUGAUCCGGAAUUGGGUGCACAAAAGAUUUACGAGCUCGUCCAACAAGUCGAUAAGUUUGUUCCCGAUGAACACAAAUCAAAAACUGAAGUUUAUCUAAGGGCUACAGCAGGAUUAAGACUUUUAGGUGAUAAAAAAUCUGCAGAACUUCUCCAAGUUGUCCAAAAUGCCUUGGAAUGUACUGGUUAUAAAGCUCCUCAGGAUGCAGCUGCUAUGUUGACAGGAGUUGAGGAAGGAUUGUUCUCUUGGUUCACUGUUAACUAUUUUAAACAUUCUUUGAAAAAACAUCACACUUAUGCAACAUUGGAAAUGGGCGGUGGAUCUUCACAAGUAACAUAUGAAGUAAAUCGUCCAUAUGUUCCUUAUGUGAGAAAUAGUAUUUAUGAUUCUCCAAAACCGAAUAUUAAAGUUUUUGCCCACAGUUACUUGGGUUUGGGUCUAAGUGCUGCCCGUCAAGGAAUUCUGCAAUUUGACUAUCCCCAUCCAUUGCACAAUAAUUCACAUGUAACAAGUGUUUGCUACGACAGAUUUACUCCAUAUAAAAAUUUUACUUUCAACAACAUGGUAUUACAUGUCAGAGGUAAACCAAGAAGCAAUAAACAAAUUGGAGUUGAUAUUAAAAAAUGCAGAAAACGUGUUCUUCGAUUUGUCAGAGACAAAAAUCGUUCCUGUUCCUUAUGGUCUUCACGAAGAAGCAAAUGUGGCUCUGAGUGCAUUUUACUACAGAGGAAAAUCUGGAAACCUGAUGAAUAUGGUGUCACGACCAUUGGAAAAAUUUGGAAAAAGUUACAAUUGGUUUGCAGAUAUCCAAAUAGCAAAGAACCUUUCCUGUGUUUGGAUCUUAUUUAUAUACAUACUUUACUUACGAAAGGUUUCAGACUUCAUAAUUGGAAUAUUGUAGAGAUGUUGAACUCGUAUGACAACCACGAAUUAUCCUGGGCCUUAGGAUUUGCUUAUAGCAAAAUAAUGAAAACUAUGCCACCUGCAAUACCAGUUUUGGAUAUAAGAAAAAAAUCUAAGAGAAAUAAAUCAGAAUGUUCUACUUAUGAAUUGAAAGCAAAAACCAAACCAACUCCGGCAACUCCUGUACCGACUGUAAAUUCUGAUCCAACUAAACCAACCGUGCCAAAAUAA